GACACACGAUUCGAAGCUUCGACACACAGGACACAUCACUAGUGUUACCUGAAAGGACAGCACAGAGGAGAACCAUCAACAUCAGAGCAAAUGGAACAUUUUGGGGAUUUUAUCUUUUUCAUUUUGUUCAGUCCCACCACAAUGCUGGGAGCCGUUGUUCUCCUGCUUGUACUUUAUCUUGUCUCUGUCACUUUCAUGUCUAAGGAAAAAAGAAAUGAACCCCCAGGACCGAGACCUCUGCCCCUGCUUGGUAACCUGUUGCAAUUAGAUCUCAAGAGACCCCACAAAACUCUGUGUGAGCUUUCAAAGAAAUAUGGCUCUGUAUUUACUCUUUACUUUGGAACCAACAAAGUCGUGGUCCUGGCUGGAUAUGAGACCGUCAGAGAGGCACUGGUCAACUAUGCAGAGGAGUUUGGAGAGCGCAACAUCUCCCCGAUACUUUAUGAUAUAAACCGAGGUCAUGGAAUUUUGUUUGCAAACGGAGAAUCGUGGAAAGAGCUGAGACGUUUUGCCCUCACCACCCUGAAAAACUUUGGGAUGGGCAAAAGACUUUCUCAGGAUAAAAUCUUGGAGGAGUGUGGCUACCUGAUUCAAGUGAUUGAAGAGCAUAAAGGAAAUGCUUUUGAUACAGCUCUUCCAAUAACUUAUGCAACAGCCAACAUUAUCUCCGCUAUUGUGUUUGGAAGCAGAUUUGACUACGGUGACCCUGUAUUCAAGAACAUGGUGAAGCGAGCCAAUCAAACCAUAUGUGUCACAGGUUCUGCAUCAGUCCAGCUUUUUAACAUGUUUCCCCGGCUGUUCGGUUGGAUAAAAAAUCGCCAGGUGGUGUUAAAAAAUGUUGAGAUGGCUGUCAGAGAUAUAAAGAAUUUAACUAAGCAUCUGAAAGACACUCUGGAGCCUGGACUGUGUCGAGGGCUUGUGGACUGUUUUCUGAUUCGGAAACAGAAAGAAGAAGAGUCCUGUGUUUUGGAUACUCACUACAAUGAGGAGAACUUGACAGUCAUAGUGAACAAUCUUUUUGCUGCUGGCACUGAAACCACAGCAGCCACACUGAGAUGGGGUUUGCUGUUAAUGGCUAAAUACCCACACAUACAGGAGCAGGUCCACGAGGAGCUGAGCCGGGUAGUAGGGAGCCGUCAAGUUUGUGUAGAUGACCGGAAAAACCUGCCGUACACUGAUGCAGUCAUUCACGAGACUCAGAGACUGGCGAAUAUUGCCCCCAUGUCUCUUCCUCAUCAAACUAGCCAAGAUGUCACCUUCAGGGGAUACUUUAUCAAAAAAGGAACUAUUGUGUUUCCCCUUCUCACCUCUGUGCUGUAUGAUGAGAGUGAAUGGGAGAGCCCACGCACUUUUAACCCUUCACAUUUUCUGGACAAGAAUGGUCAAUUUGUCAAGAGAGAUGCCUUCAUGCCCUUUUCUGCAGGUCGCCGGGUGUGUCUCGGAGAAAGUCUGGCUAAGAUGGAGCUCUUCCUCUUCUUCACCUCCCUCAUUCAGCGCUUUCGUUUCACUCCUCCACCUGGAAUCACAGAGGAUGAACUGGAUCUCACACCAGCUUUGGGAUUCACCACCCCUCCUUCAUCUCAUAUGCUGUGUGCUGUCAGUCGCCAGUGAGAGACACAUGGAACUUGACAUUAUAGCGUUUACUUGUAACAAUAGCAUAAGCACUGUUUUCAUCAUUCUAACCCAACAGCAAACAGAUGUCAGCAUUCUGAACAACAGGCAAAGGCAGAUGUCAAGGGAACAGAUUUUUCUGACUACUUUUUGGUUUUACUCCCUACAGUUUCAAACAAAUAUCUGUACUUUUACUUAUUAUGUUUCAAAACAGGCUCAUUACUUUGGCUGUAACGCAUUUGGGGGGAGUUAUUAUCUCAUCAUUGUGGACUUUUGUUUGUUUAUUAAUCACCAGUGGAUAAAAAAAGACAACGUGUCAAAGUCAGGGAUUAAAAGUGAUUUUUGUAAGUGUCAGUUCAUUUCCAGUGCAACUUUCCUCUCAGCUCAACAAACAUCACAAACACACAAAGUGUUUGUGUGCAGUUUGUCUCAAAGCGUGUUGCUAGCUAAAGGUCCAGCUGCUGUAUUUCACACUGAGAGAACAGAAAGAGCCAACUUCACUUAGAGAUGGAGAAAGAUAAGAAAGACAGGACAGGAGAGGAAGAAGAGAGGUUAGAUUCAAAGGUAAGGACUGCUCAGCGGUAUCUGAUAAACUGGAAAUUUAAAGCUUACAUGGAAGUCAUGAUGUUUUUAAAUCAGAUGUUGUACAUUUGUACAUGUGACAUUAUGGUUUUUCAUGUUGUGAAACAUGCUGUGAAACAAACUGAGGUAGACUAACUUUAUUAUCUAAAGGUUGCAUGAAAACCUUGUUGCGGGUUAGUCCAGGAUAAACAGGUUAGUUUGUUGUCCUGUGAAAAGUAAAGAACACACUGCUGUUUAAGAACAUUGUGUGACUGGUGCACAGUGGCUGUGGGUUCAUGGUCACAGUUGGGUUACAUCAAGUGUAGCAGAGAGUCAUCUGAAUUUUAGCUGAUGAUGCUGAGAUCCAUUCACCGAAUUCCACCUUCAUACCAACUUUAUACCAUCUGAAAAAAAGCCAGGAUAAACAGUGUACUGUCAGUGUAGAGGAAACCAGCCAGGACAACUCAUGAAACAUCUGCUGACAUCUGGUUGAAUCCAGUUUUUUACGUCCACAGAGAGCAGCAGGUCAGCUGAUCAUAGCCUGUACAUUAAGAAAAUCUACUGGAGCUCUCAAUAGAAAUUAUUGUGAGUUAUGAUUCUCUUCCCCACACUAAACCAUUACAGCCAAUUUUAGGGUUCUCCACCUGCUGAAUCCCAUGUUAACCCUUGACUGCACACAUUUUCCUGUUUAGAGGAACAAUGUCAGUAACAGAAAAGAUUUUUCUAUAUUUGGACUAAAAAAAUGUUAGACUAAAGUUUCCCAUCUACUGAUAUUAUUUUAUCAUUACGUUAAUAUAGCACGAGGCUCAGUCAGCUUUGGACAAAAACAGAAACAUCCUCCAAAGAGCUAUUUUUACUUUCUUAUUCUGAGAACAUUUCAGAGCCUGUACUUUUAUACUUUUACUUGAGUAAAGAAGUUCACUUCAACUUUUACUGGAGUAUUUUUAGCAGUAGUAUUUCUACUACUAUUGAAGUGCAGAUAUCUGUACUUCAGUAGUAGGCAAGGGAAUCCUUUAUUUCAGUCACUUCUAACAAGUAAAAUUAAAGUAUAAUGCACAGAA